AUGGCAGUGACACCGUUCAAAACGAAGGCCGAGGAGCGUGCUAAGUUGGUGAAGAAGGAAGAAGAAAAGGAUGCCACAGAGCGUCCUGCCAAGCGCAUGUGCAACCAGUAUGAGAAGCAACUGGCAAAGAUGUCAGGUGACUUGCAAACAGAUCUUCUGGAGUAUGUGGGUUCCUUUCGUGGUGAGCAGGCGACGCCUGGUGAGCACCCUGCAGCACUGAUUGCUGAGAUCUUUGCUAGUGACAGCGCAGAACACAACCACCUUCACUGCACACAGUUGGAAGGGUGGUACUUUGACUAUGCCAAGAUGCGGAACAUGAGUUACCUCUUCAAGAAACCAGAAUCUGUGGUGUCUAAGCAGAAAUAUCAUUGA